AUGACGAAUAUCACCGGUGCAGAGUUUGAGAUCGACGUGGAGAGUCUGGAGACCGAAAGUGACGACCAGGACCAGCCGGACUACAGCUCCUCUCUGUCCGGCGCAGGAGACAACGAGCCGCCGGCCAAGGGAGAUGACAAGCCGGGCGCCACCAGCCAGGGGUCCGGUGAACAGCGGAAGCUGAGCCGGACUCCGAAGUGUGCCCGCUGCAGGAACCACGGCGUGGUGUCGUGUCUGAAGGGGCAUAAACGGUUCUGCCGCUGGAGGGACUGCCAGUGUGCCAACUGUCUUCUGGUGGUGGAGAGACAGCGGGUCAUGGCGGCUCAGGUGGCACUACGGAGACAACAAGCUACCGAGGAUAAAAAGGGAAUUUGUGGGAAGCAGAUUCCAGCGGAGAGAAGAGCGAUUUACCAGAGACACAUCAGACCAUCAACCAUGCUGGCUAAGAGCAUUCUGGAAGGAUACCGUCCGGUGCAGGGUGACCCGUACCUGGGGGCCAGCCCGUCCCUCCCGCCCCCUCUCAGCGACAGGAUGAGGAAGAGGAGAGCGUUUGCUGACAAAGAGCUGGAGAGGAUCAUGCUGGAGAGAGAGUACAAGGAGAGAGAGCUGCUAGGACCCUCCCAGGCUGCUCCAGCCUCUCUGCUCUUCCCCAACAGUCUGGUCCGGCAUGCUGCAGAGUACAAGUCCUACACGAAGGAGGAGCCUCAGUACAACAACAAGGAACUCUGUCACUUCCUGUCACCCAGCUGUGUGGACCUCUCCCUGAAAUAUGCCACCAGCCCCAGCAACAUGGAGCUCAUCUCCUCCAAUGUCUCCGUGGCGACCACCUACCGCCAGUACCCUCUGACCUCACCGCUGACCUCUCCGCGGGGGUUCAUGGUGUGGCCACGUGGCCCCUCCCUCCUGUACCAGCAGUGCCUGCGCAAUGCCACGGCCAUCCAGAACAUGAAGCCAGGUGCAGUCUGGGAUCCCAGGACGAUGGCCGCUGCCGCAGAGAGCCUCCCGCCCGACCACGACGCCACGGCAACCACUGCCGUCACUGCUGCCAAGCUGGAGGGGUCGAGGGUCGUUGUGGGCCUCCCCGAGGGUUUUGACCCCCAGCAGCAGGACGGCCAUGCCCAGUCCCAGGCCUCUCUCACCCAGGGGGGGCACCGCAAACGAUCAGCCUUCUCUCCCCCGAAGAGAGGCUUCGGACAGGCCUUCCCUCCAAGUACAUCUCACCCUCAGCCUCACCCUCACCACCCCAGCCACGAACAUGUCCUGAACAAGCUGAGCAAGGACAGCGCCAAACACACGCUAUCCAUGAAGCUCAACUCCUUUCACUCACUCAUCCAGCAGACACUGACUGCGACCGGGGUUGAGCUCCGGGGCCCCUACUGUAACGAACUGCUGGAGGAAGCUGCCAGAAAAUACCGUGAAGGACCUUCUCAGGACUUUUACAGUUUCAAAGGCUCUAAUAGAUACAGCAAGGAGUUCCUGUCUAAGUCAGCCGGGACGAAGGUCGUGUCCAGCCAGUCUCUAUCCUUCUCUGUGGAGGCCAUUUUGAACAGGCCAUCACCGGCUAUGAACAGAGCUUCACAGUAA